UCAGCCUUCCUCUGCUGAAACGUUGUGCGAUUAUGUGGUUACACGUAGACGUGUGGUAUAGCCUCCGCUGACUUGACGUUAUCUUUACAAUAUUUUCCAUCUUUGACGAUGUAAAGUGUUUCUAGAAUUUUGCAUACGACGUAACGCUUGACGAGUAUUGUGCAACGAAAACUCGCACGAUGAAUCUAAGUAAAACAGAGAAACUGUUAGCUGCUAAGAAAAAGUUAAAAGAAUUCCAACUUCAAAAAAGAUUGCAAGCACAAGAGGCCUCAAACAAACCACAAAAUGCAGAUGUAGUAGAUGAAUCUAUAUCACGGUGCCAAACAAAUUACCAAAGCAUAGAGACGGAUAAAUCUUGUAAUCAGAAUGAAACAAAACACACAGAAAAUUUUUUACACUCUGAGAAGCACAUGGAUGAUAUAAAUGCUAUAUAUAAAGAAGAAAGUAUAUUCAAUGCUGUUAGUGAUACUAAUAACUUAGUAGACACAACUGAAAUUAAAACAGCAACAAAUAACAGUCAAAUAACAGAAAAGAACUCAGUUUUAGAAUAUUGUUCAGAAGAAAAUACAUAUGAAAGUAGUGAUAAAAAUGCCACACAUCCAUGUCUUCAAGCUGAUUUACAGUUUAAGGAAAAUGAUGGAAAAUAUAAAUUAAAUAUUACGCCAUCUAAUGGACCAUCAACAGUACAGAAGGAACAUUUAUUAGAAAUGGCUUCAGAAGUUGCUAAUAUAUUAACUGAUGAUACAGAUGAUAAUGAAUCCACUCUAGAUAACCUGGAUGCAAAAUGUCGCUAUCAAUUUGUAAAUACUUAUCUGGAAGAACAGAAACAGCUUGUAAAUGAUUUACACGUUCGAAUCAGUUGUUACCAUAGCAGAGUGACUGAGUUAGAAGAAAUUUUAGCUACAAAAGAUUCUGAAUUUGAAGCUAGGCUUAUCCGUGAGGUAAAUCCUUUAAAGGAACAAUUACAGGUUCAUGCACAAACUACUGGUAUUUUAAUAGCAGAAAAAGCAGAACUGACAGCAGCUUUGACACAAAGUCAGAAAACUGCAAAACAAAAUUCAGAGGAAUUAGAAGAAAUGAGUGGAAAACUGAAACACAGUCAACUCCGUAUUAAUGAACUCGAAAAAGAAUUGGUCCAAACCAGAAGUAAUUCUAAUGACAGUCAAAAAAAUGCUCACCAAGUACAACAAAUCUAUGACGACCUUGAAAAGAAGUAUUACGAACUCAGAAAAGAAAAGGAAGACAUGGAAUUAGAAACGUCAGAAUUAAAACAGAAGCUGAAUUUAAAAAAUACUGAAUUCAUCAGUUUGCAGCAGGAAUUUCAAGAGAAAGCAGCCUUACUUUCAUUAAAUGAAUUGAGGAUACAACAGUUAACUGAUACAUCACAAACAUUAGAAUCUCAGCAUCAAGCUGUAACAGUAUUGGAGCAACAGUUGGCUCAAAUGAGAGAGACUUUAAAAUUGGUAAAUAAUGAAAAGGAUGAAGCUAGCAGACAGUAUCAGAAUUAUGUGCGACAAUUGGAUGCACAACAAGCAAAACUGCUUAAUGAACUUGAAAAUGAGAGAAAAAUAAUCAAUGAUUUCGAAAAUAGAGAGAAAAGUUAUGUGCAACGUUUGUCGGAUUUAGAACAACAAUUGCAACAUGAAAAAGAGAAAAAUGAAGCUUUACUACCAUUGCAAGAACGUAAUGAUGAUGUAAAUAGCUUAAUGAAAAAUAUUAAAGGGUUAACUUCGCAACAAGAAAGACUUCAUGCUGCAUUAUCUGAAAAGGAUUCGCAAAUUGAAAUGUUAAUGAGGGAAGUGCAAGAACUACGAGAUACAAAAGAUAAUGAAGCGGAUGCAACAAAAUUGGUGCAAGCUCUAGAAAGUGAAAAACUUGGUGCAUCUAGGGCCGUUUUACAAAACCAACAGUUGAAACAACAAUUAACUGAGAUGGAAAAUGCUUUUGUUACACUUAGUAAUGCUAAGUUAGAUUUAACAGAACAGCUUCAAGCUGAACGAAGUAUUGGCAGAAAAUUAAAUGCAAAAUUGAAUAUUGUUGAGACAAAUGUGGAUAAUUUGAGAGAGAAAUUAAAGGAGAAGGAAACAUGUUUGAUGGAAUUAGAAAAAGAAAAAUUACAGAAUGCUCAAAUUACAGAUCAGAUGCAACACUAUCAAGCUCAGUCUCACCAUGCUCAUACAUUACAACAAGAACUACAAAAUGCUUUGAUUUCUAUAGAAGAAUUAAAAAAGGAAAAUGAAGAACUCGUAAAGAAAUUAGAAGCGAAAGUACAAGAAGGGACAGUUUUGCCAAAAAUAUCUGUAAAUGUUAAUGGAGAUCAAUAUAUGACAAGAAUAAUGGAAAAUGGUGAUGAUAUAAUAACAACGCAAAGUUUACCACUGCCAGAAGAUAAAAAUACUUUGGGUGAUUCUGGGCCUAUUACAAAAUUAGAAAAAAAGUUUAAAGAGGCAAUGGAAAAAGUCGCUGAAUUAACUGAUGAAAAACAAAAACUGGAACAUUUGGUCCUCCAACUUCAAGGUGAAACCGAAACUAUAGGAGAAUACAUCACUUUGUAUCAAAAACAAAGAGAAAUUCUAAGAAAUAAAUGGAAAGAGAGAGAAGAAACUUUCCGUCAAUUAGUGGAGCAAUGUCAUCAGCAACAAGAACAAUUACACAAGCUAAAAAUAUUGAUUACUGAAAUGCUUAAAAAACAUCCUACAGAAUCUUGUGUUCAAUUAUAUAAGGAUAUACACGUUAUUAAUCCUGUAAUCCCAAAUGAUGAUGAUAUUAAUGAGCAAGAGAAUGCAGAAUUACAUUUGAUUGAAGAUAAAACGACAUCACAGAUCCUUGAUCUUCUAACAGAAAUCAAAGACUGUAAAGAUAUAUGUAUUACUGAACCUAACUUCCAUCCGUGUCCAUGGUGCUCAGGAAAGCUUAUUACCGUAUAAUCGUGAAUAAUAUAAAUUCAUUUUAACAUUUGUUAUAAUAAAAUAUCAUAUUUAUGUAACAUUAUACAUACAUAUUAGCUUAUACAAUAGACCGUAAUAUCUGUAUAUAAAAAAAAAACUUUUAAAUCUUUUCUAAA